UACCCCUGUUCACAACUGGGUCGGAGUUGGCUGAUUGCGAAGGAACUUUGCGUUAUGUCGGGGGCACGGCCGGCCUUUGCAGCUGGCUUGCAUGCUGCACGAAAAUCCGUUCGAGGGCAGGGGGCAGGAAAGGGAAAGGUGGCUUUCGUGUCUCGACUCACAAGCAGCUCAGUCAACCGCAUUCUCAAGUCCUCGGAGUCCAUCGAGGCCAUGGUCAAUGAGCUUGUUGGGAGGAUGCCUUCAAAGGACGAGGCUGCGAGCAAGACGGCGAGCUCUCCGGUGGACUCCAAACUCUUCCAGAACUUCAUCUAUGGUACCAUCUGCUUGAAUGCCAUAACGCUUGGAAUGCAGGCGGACUACCAGAAUGAUGGCUGGAACACGGUGUGGUUAGUGUGUGAGAACGUCUUCACCAUUGUCUUCACCGUGGAGAUGGCCGCAAAGCUGUACUUCCUACGACUCGGCUACUUUUGGGAUGCUGACAGGAAAGCGCUGCAGUAUUGGAACCUUCUGGACAUGGUGAUUGCGAUCAUGGCCAUCGUGGACUGCUGGAUCUUGUCGUUUCAACAGGACGCAGAAACGCCUCUAAUCCGCGUGAUGCAGCUGCUGCGAAUUGUGAGGAUCGCCAAGCUUUUGCGCCUCCGAAAGGAGUUAGUGGCCAUCAUCGAGGGCCUUUUCAGCUCGCUUCAGUGCAUGGUGUGGAUAGGCUUCCUUUUGCUGAUCAUCAUCUAUGCCUUCAGCAUCGUGUGCCGCAACGUAAUUGGCAACAUACCUAACAGCGAUCUGGGAGACAUGAUCAACAACGACAUGUACUUCGGGACCCUGCCUCGAACGAUGUUGACGCUUUUCAACAUUUGCCUCAUCGAUGGCUGGUCCACAGUGGUAUGGCCACAGAUGCUUUACAAUCCUAUCAUGGUGGUGCCCAUGAUCAUUUUCAUGAGCGUCACCUGCUUCGGCCUGAUGAAUGCCCUGAUCGGUGUCAUUGUGGAGCGCACCACUGCGGCGCACCAGAGCAUGAAUGAGGUACAGGACGAGGCAGUGCGGGAGAUGAAGAUGCACAUGGUUGCUGAGCUCCUUUCGGCCAUCGACGAUUCAGAUGAGGAUUCCAACGGCGUUAUCAACCUCCAAGAGUUCCGACAGGUUCAAAGAAAACCACAUGCGGCCCAGAUUUUUGCGGCGCUGAAUCUACCCCCAGGGUUCGAGGCCACGGACCUCUUCUGCCUGCUGGACCGCGACGGGGACGGCGCCCUGGACCGCUUCGAGUUCCUCCUGGGGAUCUGUCGCCUGAUUUGGUGCGACGAGUUCCAGAGUCAGUGCCUGAUGAACUACGGCAUCGCCAAGGUUCGGGAGGACAUCCGCGGCUUGCAGGGCUCCCUGCGUGAGCUGCUGGAGGAGAGGAAGCCCAGUGAAGCAAGCACGGGCGAUCCCCAGGCCACGGAAGGCGAGACGUUCAAGUCCAUGGCGGCGGCCAUGCGGAAAGAUUACCAGGAGAUCCUGGAUAGCCGGCUGGAGCAGUACUGGCAGCGGGCGCGCCAGGCCUGGCCAGUCCACGGAGGCGUGAGCACGGCGCCUGACGACGCGACGGUUCAGUAUCGGCAAGAAGACGCCGGCACGCCGGAAGAGGCGGUAAGAUUGCUGCAGGCAUCGUUGCAGCGCGUGGACUGCCCGGAGCUCCCUGCUCUGAUCGCGUUGCCUCCCGAAGCCAUCGAGGUUGUAGAGCUGCAGCUGGAGCAGCUCACUGCGGCCUCGGACGCCGCAAGGUUGAUGCUGAGAGCAGAUGGACUUCUCCUCGUGGAGGGCUGCUCCGAAGCGAAGCGGCGCGUGGAGCUCCUCAUCCAGGAGCUCACAGGAAAAUCGACGCCAUCACAGCCAGAUGCAGGGCACGAGAGUGGUGAGGAGACUUCGUCUCAGACGGAUCGAGCCGCACCUGCGAAAGUGCGCAGGAAGCGGCGUGCCCGGAAGGUCAAGGCCCCCGAGCAAAGCUUCAGUGAGGCUGCUGUGGAUACAUAGCCUGGAGCAAAGUAGAUUGCACAGACCUUGUGCAUUGACGUUUUUCCUUCCGUUCUUGCGAAGCAAGAUGUGCAACGCCUCACCGUAGACCCAAGGUCUGCUGGUCAAGCCUUUUUUUGGUGAGUCGUUGGUGAGGUGUUCGGUCGAAGAAUUUGCGCCCCAAGGCCAGCCAUUAAUGAAGCCUGCCGAAAGGGAGUUGGCCACCGGUGCGUCGCUCCUUCACGAAAUGCCUUCCAUUCAAAUGGCCACGGGGCCACAACUCCCCGGAAGAUGUUUGUGCAGCUCUCAGCGCACUGGACCGAGGGUGUUGCUUCGGUAGUGCGCUGUCCGCUUCACAGUCCUGCCCGGAG